AAAUAACGGCAGCAUUUUAGUAUGUAGAACAAGAUACAAGCUAGUCUCUGAUAUUGGAGGAAUAUCUGGAAUUGAAGAAGGAGUGUUACAGUGUUACAGUGUUACAGUUUUAUAGACUGAAAAGUGUAUCAGUAUGACAAUAGUGGUAUGGGAGUGGGAGAAUGAUGCUAACAUCUACCUUCCUUAUUCUAGUGAAGUAUCCUUUCAGUUAGAGGGAGCUCGUAUUGCUAAUAUUAAAGAGGUUUUGUUGGGAGGAAUAGAUCCUUAUCUGGAAACUUUUAAAGUAAACAUUCCUAACAUGACACAGAUAACAACUUAUAACGCACGUAGUAGAGUUGUAAGGAGAGUGGUGAUUAAUCCCUCACAUCCCUUCUCAAGAGGGACUAAAUGGGAGUGGAACUUCCACCACGAACACUGGUUUCCGUACGGAACUGAAGUAGCUAAGAAUAUCCAAGAAGCAUUUGAUGGGACUGCGGGUACUAAUAAAAGUAUUCAACUACCAACUUUACUUCCAGGCUAUGUUAUAGAUGUGGGAGCCAUGCUGCAGACUAACUCUACCACGGGGUUUCAACGCAAGAUCCGAAGUGUUAGUUGUACUCCCUACCGGUCUCAUACUUCUCGACCUGCUCUACCUCAACCGACACCGCAACCCGCUCAACCGACACGACGCAUUGUACCACAACCUUUACCACGACCUGUAGUACCACAACCUGCAGUACAACGAGGAGCUCAGCCUGCAGCACCACGAGGAGCUCAACCUGCAGCACCACGAGGAGCUCAACCUGCAGUACCACAACGAGGAGGUCCUGUACAACCGGCUAACAAACAUAGAGGACAUGCUCUACCACGCGGUGCUGCUGCCGGUCCUGGUGCUGGUGCUGGUGCCGGUGCUGGCGCUGGUGCUGCUGGUACUGGCGCUGUUGCCGGUCCUGGUCCUGGUGCUGGUGCUAGCUCCUCGUCUCAAGGUGCCCCCCUCCACAACGCUCUCCAGACAUUAAUAAGUAGUUCGUGUAUGCAAUACAGACAGUCAGGGACUACACCUGACGUAUGUUCGGUUUGUCAGAACAAUGUUACAGAUGCAUCAGACUACACCACGUCACCGCUAUUACUGGGGUUACGAUACGACAAGAUAACACUAAAGUGUAACCACCACCUUCACGCGCAGUGUCUUCACGCGCUCGUCUCCGCAAGUAGUGAAACUUCCUCAUUUAGGUGCCCCGAGUGUACACAAAGUUUUGGGAUUAGGACGGGGAAUCAGCCGGCUAGUGGUAAAAUGGCGGUUAAAGUAGACAACAGCAUGAGUUUAGCUGGCUACGAGCAGUUCGGGACCAUAAUUGUCACGUACAGUUUUACCUCGGGUGUUCAAGACGGAGUUUCUUACAACACACAAGGAUUCCCGCGCAUCGCAUACUUCCCGGACAAUGAUGAGGGUAAUGAUAUUGUGGAUCUGAUCAAAGUAGCCUUUAAAAGGAGACUGAUAUUUACUAUCGGGGAUUCAGUGACCUCGGGUGCUAAGAACUGUGUUGUAUGGAAUGAUAUCCACCACAAGACCAGUACACGACGGGGAGAUACGUACGGAUAUCCGGACCCUGGAUAUCUUGCCAGGGUCACAGCAGAGCUUAAGAGUAAGGGAGUCGAGUAAAUAGGGGGCUACUUAAAUAAUAUUUACUGUCUUUUUUAAUCAAUUGUUAAGACCGGAUAUUUUAUCAGAUUCAAAUUGAUUAUGCUUAGUAUUAUUCGAUUGUUUUUCGUCAUGUGUGAAUUUGAGAAACUUGCGUUUUAUUUUUAAUCCGUGUAAUCGUUUAGAUUUUUAACAUUAAAAUAUGUACAUAACAUUUUUUAUUGAAAUUGGCAAGAACUGAAUAACUGUUAAGAGUAUGCUGCCUGAAUCCUGGUUGUUCAGGAUUUAAGUUUUAAUUCAUCACUGAUAAUAAUAUUAACCAAUUCAAUAUGAAUAAGAUACUGUUUUGAUAUAGCUUUGUUGUUUCUUCUUUGUUUAAAAUUAUAUCAAAUUUA